AUGGAAUAUAAAACGAAAUACGUGCAAGACUUAUGCACAACCAACACGGAAAUUUACGAAGAAGUGCUCCAGUUCGCGUUGGAUGAGAAUACAUUUUUAUACAAUGUACAAAAUUUGCGGAAAUCAUCGCUCGAAGCACUGGUGUACAUGUUGCUCGUAAAACAGCGUGGAAAAUGUUCCAACGCGAUGCUACGCAGUGAAAAAUUCAACCUUCAGAGCGUUGUAGCACUUAUCGAUCAGAACCAUUUGCGGCUUCAACAGGAUAGUGAAACCUUCCGAUGGAUAUUGAGUGCUCUAACUCUGAUGGUUUUAAUCGAGCCGGAUGUCAAAUCCGUUCGCUCCCAGCUGGAAACAAUCGUGGAUGCAUUCGAUCGUGAUUUGCACGAGCUACCACUGUACUAUGAUGUGGUGCGAACUUUACUCAUUUUAGGCAAAGAAAAACCGGAGCUAAUUUCCAUUUGUCGUGGGUUGGAUGGUGAGCGAAUGGUUCGUAGACUGGCAUCGGAAUCAAGCGUAAUCCGGAUGAAAGCAUUGGCCUGCCUGCAAACGAUGAUGGAGGCCAACACCACGCUGUACGAUCAGUGGCUGUCCCUGCUGCAAGACUCAAAGCUCAUGAUCGAAAGCAAAGUGUUCAUACUAAACCAGCUGAUGGAAACACUGCUGCGCUUAAGCGAUAGGGACGAUAACAUAUUGCAAACGUUGCAGACCGACCACGUCUGGUUGAUAUGUAUCGAUGGUUUCACUACCAAGGAUCCCGUGUGUCGAAAGGAAACUUCAGCCUUUCUGCAGUACGCCAUCCGUUAUGCGCAACAGUCGGGCCAGAAGCUAGAUGGACUCUAUUUCCGUUGGUCGGCCGAGAAAGCGGAAUCAGAACGACUCACUAGCGCAUGGCUGGCGUUCGUGACCAUUGUGGAAGCACUGCAAGAGACCCAGACGCAUCUCAUUUUACCAGCACUGGAACUGAUCGAAAAAGUGGACACUUUGCAUAUCGCAUGGAAAAACGUUCUACUUCGAUUGUUACUGAAGCACGAGAAUGUACGUGUUGUGAACCAUGGAUUGUGCUACUGCCUAAAGAACAGAUCGUUCGAUCCCACGGAAGCGGAACUGGAAAACCAAUUGUUGGAGACAUUUAAUCGAAUAGCAGUUUUUGAAAAUGUUUCAGAAAUGAUCACUCACCUCAAGGUGUACUACAGCACGCUGGAAGCGUUCGCCUAUUUGUUGCACACUAUUCCCACCAUCGGAUGGAACGCUAUACCGUACUACUGCGUCGCAACCGUAAUUAACAAUCGAAUGAACGAAAUUGAAAUGGAUUCAACGGGAAGCCUUUUAUCGAUUCAAUCACUAACGAAUUGCGUCAAAAUAUGCCACAGCGUUAAGAACCUGUCGUUGCGGUAUAUUACGUUGGCGCUGCUGCUCAAAAGUAUUCCUCAGUUUGUGAAACAAUUGAAAACUGACGACAGCUCCGCCGUUUUGCUAACUGUAGUAAAGGAAAUUGAAAAGCUCUCGUUAGUAUUUACAAUGUCGCUGGAAAAAUUCCAGGAUGCAACAGGUUCCACGUUCGCCGAUUACAUUACAACCGACGCGGUAAUACGUUGUUUGGAAAAUGUCGACGUUUUAGAUAAAUUUUUCAUCGAACAGCUGCUAGGCAAGCGCAUUCCAAACCAACCCGCUCCGGAACAGAAACAACUGCUAGACGCAUUGUUCCUUACAAAUAAGCCCGUUUAUUUGAAUGUGCUCUACCACCUCCCGGCAUUACAAAUAUCUCGCUCGUUAAGUAUUGCUGCUACCAUACGGUACACGAUGCACAAUGUCAUGAAAGCGGUAGAAACGAACCAAAGGAUCCCUUCCAUCAUGUUCAGAACUCUCGAGCAAGUGCUCUGUCUAAAGCGAGCGUUGAUGGAAAGCCAAGCCCUAGACGAUUUGACCUCGCUGGUAGCGCACAUGCUUAUGAUAGUGAGCAUGCGGUUGGAGUUUUUCGAUUAUGAUCAAGCAGUUGCCAUAGAAACGAUUCAGCUAUCGCGGCUUUUUGCGGUAUACAGGAAUGACUGCACGGUAGCAGAGCAGUUUUUCAACACCGUAUCACUAAAAAAGCUGAAGGACAGCUUUCGACGCCAUCAAACCACGGAACCGCCAACGAUUGAUGACCUGUACGAAAUGAUUGGCGAAAUCUAUCAUUGCCACUUCAAGGCCCAGAAUGGACCGGGAGGAACGUUUGCAUCCGAAGAAGUUUGGUCCAAACUGAUCGAUUUGCUCGACGUUGGCAAUGUGCAUGUUUUGGCGCAGGUACAAGCGAUACUUGGAUCGGGAUCGGACGCAAACUGUUAUGAUGAUGGCGGUCGAUUAGCUACAGUGGAUCGUUGUUAUAAGGAAAUUUUAAUUUACCGCAAAUCUGAUCAUUUCAUGAAGCUUAUGGAAAAUUUCAUUGUAAUGCUAUUGAAACCUUACAUUCCUGCAAACAGCCAUGUCGUUCACAGGAACGCGGUGGAAAUCCACCCACGAGUUACCGAGUACCUUGGCAUGUUACUCGAACAGGCCAACACCAUCAAUGGGUUGGCAAAUGUGGUGUUUGUAGUCAUGUUUAAAAUCCUCCCCGAAACUCUUCUCAAUUGGGGAGCUUUCGGUAAGCUGCUGCUGCAGGGCAUGACUUUCGGGGAUGUACCGAAGCGUGAUCAAAAACUGGAAUGUGAGGUGGUCGAACAAAGCGGAAUGGUCGUACCGUUCAAACUGCACUUCCGAUGCCAAGCUCAGGCGGAUGCUCGCGUUCGUGUGUUGUGCGUCGUGUUUCUGUACCGAAUCGUCAAGACUAACCAUCCGGAUGCGAUGCUCUUUCUGUUUAAAAUAGAACGAAUGUUGAUUGAACGAUUCAACCAAAUCACAACAGCAAAGGAACGUUAUUAUGCCAAUUCCAUCACACACCGGCAGAAGCUGCGAAUCGUACAAGCGCUGUGCGUGGUACUCAAACUGACCGGUACCAAACCGUACCAACUGCUGGAGAUCAUGCUGUACGAAACGAACCAGCCCAACAUCAACUAUCUGAUCGAGCUGAUCGUGGCGGACAGUUCGAUCGACACGCUCACCAUCGCCAACUCACUCCGAAACGAGAGGGUGAAAGUGUCCGGCAUACAGUCGGUGUUCGUAGUGCUUUGGUUGCGCUGCUGUCAAACCAAUGUGCUCGAUGAGCAGUACGUCUACCUGCUGCUCCCGUGGACUAUGGCACAAAACUUUUCCACCCGGCUUUACGCACAAAUAACGAUCAAGAAGCUGAUCGAGAAGUUUUCGCCCGCUCCGAUCGACCACGGGCCCUUCAAGGAGCUUUACGCCGCGGUCAACAGCUACCUGCGGCAGGGCAAUGUCGAGCGUAACAUCGAGAAGUGUAUGAAAGAUUUUCGCUUCAACAGUGUGUUCGACUACAACAAUCUGCUCACGGUGGAAAACAUAUUCCACAACAUACCGAAAGUCUCGGGUGCUCCAGCGGAAGAUGUUGUCGGAACAGUCAUGCUGCAGGUAAGCUUCUUAUCGCUUUUACUGGUUCCGGACAAUAUUGGCCAUGCGCUCGAGUUUGACGAACUGCAGGCCGAAAAGCAUGAAACUCUUUUCCUCGCCCAAUCCGUGGGCGGUGCAGAAUUCGUGCAGCGAAAGAUAAUUCCACUGAAAAGUUUGGAACCGAAUCAAGAUUUGCUGCUGGGGUUGCCGCAACAUUUAUGCGCUAAAAAGAUGGACUGCACCGAAGGGAUGAUAGUGGUCGCCAGCUUGGUUAAUCGUGCUCCAAACCUCGGUGGAUUAGCGAGAACGUGUGAAAUAUUUGCCAUCAAACAGCUCGUUAUAAAUUCGCUACAAGACAUCGAUAAUAAAGAAUUUAAAGCACUCAGCAUGACUGCUGAGAAGUGGCUAAAUGUGGGUGAGCUAAAGGCGCACAAGAUAGUCGAGUAUUUGGAGGAAAUGAAGGCCAAAGGGUAUGCGAUAGUCGGUGCGGAACAAACUACCGGAAGCAAACCGAUUCAGCGGUUACAAUUUCCCAAAAAAUGCAUCCUCGUGUUGGGACACGAAAAGAACGGACUACCGGCAGAUAUUAUCAGGCAUUUGGAUUUAAUUGGAGAAAUACCUCAGUUCGGUGUCGUUCGUUCACUGAACGUACAUGUUACCGGGGCCAUCUUCAUGUGGGAAUACGCUAAACAGCAUCACGUGGUUUCAGAACUGUAA